AUGGAUCUCACUAAAUCCGAUACCGUUGAAGAGGUACUAAACCGAACCUACCUCUUAAAAGCGCGAGCACAACUACGGAAGCUAAUCAUACGCAUCUGGAAGAUUACGGCGAAGUUCGAAGAGGUGGGAUCGGAGGACACCUUAACACCGCUGGUGUUGGAAAGGCUUGAAAAUGCCAAAGGCGACCUUAUUCAAGAAAUUGAGCGGCUGGAGGCAAUGUACGGUCAAAGGGAAAUACCGGUCUAUACAGCUCCCCGGAUCGAUACGAAUCCUGCUCACUGUCCGACACCUCCAAGGGAGAAUCCGGCAACAGAGGAUUCCGAUGAAAGGACGGACCCUCCUCUCACCGGGCAAUCUCCACUCAAACAACCGGAUAGCUCUGAACCGGAAGUCUCCGAACCGGCCGUCACAAAAGAAUGGGUUGAGAGCCGCUUUCAAGAUUUUGAAGACUCCAAGGUUUUCCCUUUGAAGGAGAAAUUCCAAAGAACCGUUUGCUCGGCACUCAAAUUCGCCAACACUACAAGGCAACUUUUGGAAAGAACGGAAGAACGGUUCUUAGAAAUCGAUGAAGAUCAACGGGAAGAAGCGAUUCUGCGCAGCAAACACUUAAAGCGAACCGUAAUUUUGGAGGAUACGACCUCCGAGAUAAAAGAGAACUUUGCCCGGCUUGAAAGAGAGACCGAUCAACGAUUGACGGAGGUUGCUAACGACCUGGUCGGCACAACACUCGGACGAGUCUCCGAACUUGAGAAGAAGAAUGUCGGUCUCGAGGACGAACUCAAGGCGCUUUCCGCACAAGUUGCCGAACUGCUCCAAGCCAAGAUGAAUGCGGAUGCCGCGGCUGUAGAGGCUGAUGCUCGAGCGGCUAAGAAGGUCCAGGAUGCGCUGGACGAUGAAGCAAGAAAAGAGAAGGAGGAACCGCGACCAUCGCAACUUACCGAGGAAGAAGAGGCCGAGCGAAUUCGAAGGGCAGAAGCUAAGUUCCCGGGACUUGCAAAGAAGGCUGCCGCUCAAGCUGCGAAGGAUGCUGCUCGGUUGGAAAGGGAAAGUCAGAGGCUAGAAGGCUAUGCAACCGCUAACAAAAAGAAGAAGGAAACCGCUACUUCUUCGAUACCGGCGAAACGAAAAAGAGAACAUUCGAAGAAAACUCAAAUGGCCGACCUGCUAAAUGUGGUAACUGACACGGUUAUCGAGAGUAUACCGGAUCAGGCCACUUACAUCGAAGAAGAAGCUGAAGUGCACCUACAUCGGCGGCCCACAAAACAACGAGUCUCCGAACCGACUAGUCAACCGCAACCAGCGAAGAAAAAGCGGAACAAGAAUCUGAUAGCCUGCUAUGACUUCUCGGACUCGGAAUAG